UGAAAUAGAGCGUAUGUGCUACAGUAAACGAUUCUAAUGCAUUUGUAAAUCGAUUACGAACAAUCGAUCGAUUACAAAUUAAUUAUUAUUAAUUGUAUGAUUAAUUAAGAGUGGAUUGUUAUAUUAUGGACAUUUAAUGCGACGUUUAAAUGGACAUUGAGCGGAGUCUUACAAAGUUAUCGAUUAUGAUAACAUCGAUGUAGGAGGGUUUUCUCUGGGUCACUAGGAACAAGGGUAUUUUGGUUUGACCUAAAGAGUUUAAUAUAUAGUUUAAGAGAUAAAGGUGCAAUUAGUUAUUGUGAUCUGUAUUAGUAGGAGUCAGUGAACUAAAUGUUUAGGUAUUUGGUGUUAGUAAACUAGGUAUUGCUUUGUGAGUGGGUGUUUCUGUGAAGUGGUCUCUGUUUGUUUUGGGAUCUCGGUUUCGUAAUAUCGUCGAUAUGUUUGGAGUUUUGAUGAAGAAGUGGAAGCCUAAAAGAAUAUCAAACAAUGAAAGAAAUGAAAUCCCCGGUACAGAUGGCAACGUCUCUCCAGAACCGCCCGACCGGCCUCCUGGAAAGGUCCGGCAGGUUCAUCCCGAACCGAAAGCACAGGUUCUAGCCUACGAUUCCACCUACCGUAAGAAGAACAAACCAAAGUCGCUUCCCCUAGAAGACAACCAGAUGUACAAUCACUUGGCGAACGCGAACGUAGCUAUGUCACCAAUGUAUCCCUUGACCCCGAAUAUUUGUAUGGAGGGUGGGAAGAUUGAGUUCAUAAAGUCGCCGCCUGGGAGUGCUAGGAACAGCGUGGCGCUAGCGUCGCCGCCGCAAACCCCGCUGUUGGUGCGACGUGGUUCCAAGGAGAGACGCGAACUGAGGGCUUGUAGCGACGAACCGGAGAAGUUCGACGGUGAUAAGGAACUUCUAGAAAAGCGCAUCAAGCAGUUAGAAGAUCAAUUAGAGGAAGAGAAAAGGCGCACGCAACGCGAGCGCAUGGCCGUCACCAAGCUACAGAACAAAUUGAUAAAGCGCGAGGGUGCGGCGCGCAACGAUGCGGAGCGCGAGCGUCGCGCGCGCGGCGACUGGGAGGCGCGCGCUCGCGCUGCCGAGGCCGACGCGGCGCGGCUCGCCGGCAAGCUGCACGCUGCACAGCGGGAGAUUGCCAGGAUGGAGGACACGGUGCGCUCGCUGCUACAACACAAAAGCCGCGUGGAAACUCUGAAGCAGGAGAAGGCCUCGCUCUCCUCUGCGUUGGAGGCAUCAGCAGCGCACUACCAAAGCCAACUUUCGGCCUUGUCGGCGGAAAACGAGAGGCUACGAAGCGAGCUUACAGCCUUAUCGGCUGGUGUCCAAGACAGCGACCACGAGAAGAGGCUGGACGAUGUCGCGCAGCAGGUCGUUCGAGCCCUGCUCUCACAGAAGAGUGUCCGAGAAGAGUUGGGAUGCGCGCGUGCCAGAAUACGCGAACUGGAAGCACAGAACAGAGCGUUGAGUUCCUUGCUCGUGAGACAGCUCCGACCACAGCCGAGGCCGUCGCCUGCCACGCCCCAUACGCCGAUCACACCGCACACACCACGGGAUCUACAAGUGCAUCUGGUAGACGUGGGGUCGUGUGGUUCCCUGGUGUCGUUUCGAGACUCGCCCCCGCCCGCGCCCCCGCUCCCGCAGCCGCACCCUCUGAGCCAGGACGACAAGCGACGACAUCAAAUCCUGGCUGACAUCUGGACUGAGCUAAAGGGUCUGGAAGUAACACCAGCAAACCUGGCGCGGGCACUGUCUGCCGUGGACCCGACGCUGUGGGCGCCCCCCGCACGUCCCGCUACCCUUAGCCUUAGCGUGCCGCAACCUUGCCCUGAUCAGCCACCUGGUGCAACUAAAGAAAAAGGGACGGAAGAGGAAAACGGUGAAGCGGGGGCGGAAUCUCCAGAAAGCGGGGCCAAAGACGAAGGCUACUCCACCAUGUCAAGUGACGUCCAAGCCGAUGCCUCUCGACAGAGUGACCAUGCGGCAGACAGGGCUCUUCCCGACCUUAACGAGGCCUCUGAUGAAACAGAUAACCAAACCAUAGUCUCCAUCAACCCCAGAGAAUCACGUCGCCAUGCCCGACUGCUCGCUGAAGCUGAUUAUAUAUAUUUUCCUAUAGGUGUAGCAUUCGCUGGUAUUAGAGGCAGUUACCCCCCUUCUAGGCCAGUGCUACCGUUUCAGCACGUCGUGCGAAGUUUCUCCGAUUCUCACCUUUGCUUAAAACUAGUAGCGAGCACCACUUGUCCAACUAGCUGUCUCGAAACUCCAACGCCUAGCUCAGGAGUCCUAGUUUUAGACCUAAAACCGGCACCAGAGAGACCUUUGAGAAGAGCAGCCAUAGCCUCAACCACAAGUUCAGAGAGAGUUUCGUGGGGUAGUACACUUGAUGACCGCGGUGAAGGUUCACAAUACGAUGCUGAUUAUGUUCAGCAUUGGUUAGAAUUAGAUGAUGCAAGGUCUGCUUUGCAACAAAGGCAUAGAGAUCUGGCUGAUUUAGAAUACGACAGAGCCGAAUUAGAAGACUGGAGCUUAUCCUUAUCAUGCGAGGAUCUGAGAGAUAGGCAAUCCCCUUUUGCAGAAAUAACUACGCCGGGUCAAAUAUCCCUCUCAACGCUACCUAGUAUUAGAGAAGAUGAUGCGCUAGAAUUAGAAGAAGAUGUGGGUGAUUGCUUAUGGAAUGAUUGUGGCUUUGCGACGGUUGAAAUUGAUGAGUGUAGAAUAGUAGAUGAAGCAGAUAAUUCCGAAAAAAGAUGGGAGUACACUGGAACACAUUCCCCUGGAGGUUCGUGGUCUAGCGCAUCCGAUGCCCCCGAAAAACAUUCUUCAGCUGCUUUAAGUGAAGACGGUGACUGCACUAAUGUGGGUUUAGAUUUUACCCGAGAUUUUUAUCGUCUCGUCAAAUACGAAAGCACAAAAAGUUUAGCAUCGAACUCAUCUAAAGUAACGUCUCAGGAUCCUGCCAAUCAUUUAAGAAUUAAUGACGUUCAAAAUAUGGCGUUGCAAGACCGCGAACAGGCACUCCAAAAUGUCCUUCAUUUCAUCGCAGAGCAGCAGAAAUACUGUCGGGACAGGGAGGAGUCAGAUUCUAUGUCAUCCCGUCCCACGUCUGAAAUACGUGAACUGCCUCCCCCUUACGCUGCAGCCGAUUUCGAUGACGACUCGGUCGACCCACGUAGUGAAGUGUCUGAAGAUAGACAAAGACCUGAUUCUUUCGGUAGCUUUUCUGAAAAUGACUCUUGUGACGUCACUCCUCUUGACAAACCACGAGUCCCAUAUUGUGAUGGUGUAUCCGAGCCAAGAUCGACUCCUAGAUUUAUCGAAAGAGAAGAUCCCUACACAGAGUCGGAGGAUUACUAUGAUCUAUCGAGAGUCGAAAAUGCGGAAAACGAAAUAGAUGACCAUCAUCUCUUAAAAGUGCAACGAAAGAACGAAAUUAAUAAACACAUCGAUAUAAGCAACUCAACAGAUUUAGACCAGCCAAGUUCGAUGAAAGAAGAUAGAUCUGGUGAUAUUGAAUCUAGUCGCAAUUUAGAGCACAAUUCCGCUUUAAAGGAGAAUACUGUGAAUAUUAUGUUAAACAUGCAAACUCCAAUUGAAAGGGAAACUGAGACUGGUUUAGUGAAAUCUACAAGCUUUCAACUAUCCACGGAAAGCGAGAUGUCUCUCGUGGACGAGGUGUUAAGUGCUUGUAGAAGACCAACGGGUGCUUUAGGUACUGUACCAGAGGAAGAGGAAAGUUCGUCGCCUGAAACGAGUUCUCCUCAAAUGACUGAAUCAAAUACAACAAGUACGUCUACGGCUGAAACUGUGAUAAUAAGUAAUAAGAAUGACGGAGCUCAUAGAGACGUAAGACGUAGAAGCGAGAAGAGUCGCAUACCGACAUUAAUGGGAGGUAAAAGGCCGCCGUCAUCACCUCAUAGGACGAAGUCUAAAAUUCCAGUUGCAGAAAAAGGUCGGGUUGGAUCUGCGCAAGUAGCGCAGAAUGCAGAAGCAAUAAUUGUUAAACAAGAAAACACACUAAGUUUUCACGAAGCUGCUACUUCCAAAGAGGUUAUCGAAGAACUUAAUAGAAUGAUUCGCCAAAGUGAAGGCGGAGCAGCAGUAGCGGAAGUGAAGACCGAAGAGCAACAGGAAAAGCCUUACACGCAAAAAGACAGUGCGUUAUGGGCGCCGACGGGAUGGGUGCAUGUUGAAAAAGAUAUUGACUUCAGUGAUCCUAAGGCCCGAGCGAACCUCCUAGACGUAAUGCUUGCAUCCAGCGAUUCCUCGCCUUCUUCGUGUGGCUCUUCUCCCGCCGAGCCUCCGCCUCCCUACUCACGCUUGCACCGACUACAUCGCUCCAGGCGACAGAAGACCGCGGCGGCGCUGCGCGUGCGCGGGCUGGGCGCGCUGCGCCAGCCGCGCCACCGCCGCCCCUCCAUCCUGGGCCGCGACGGCUUCUUCGUGCGCUACGCCGAGCCGGAGCGCGCCGCCGUCGCCACCUUCGACUUCCUCGACGACCUCUCCGCCGGAUCCUCCCCCGACCAAGCCUCCAGGCACUGUUCCGAUCGCUCAUCCUAGGCGACGCGACUGACGCGUGAUGCGACGCGACAGACGCAUGGCGCAACGCGACUGACACGUUAUGAAGUGCAACAGGCGCGUUUUUUUAAUUUCGAACGGAGUUUGAUUUCUAUUUGAAUAUGAACGGAUCUAAUUCAAUAAAAUUUAAACAUGUUCUAAUAAUUUAAAAUCGCUCUUUGUAGUUUGUCAGAUUUCCGUAAAAAUAUGUAGUUUCCAAGUUACACGAAAUAUCUCAGAUAAGCUCAAAUAUUUGUAUGAAAAUCUUUGAGCAAGUUUAGUGUAACUUUGAAACUGUGUACCUAUAUAUUUUACGGAAAUAUGACAAACCACAGAUACAAACAUUAAUUAGUAGAAUGUGUUUACAAAAUUUCAUUGAGUUUUAUUUGUUAGUAUUUAAAUAGGAAUCAAACUCCGUUUGUAUGGAGGGCACUCUUGAGUUCUCUCCUCUAAACCAACACAACAGACGCAAAACGCGACGAUAGAUGCGGUGUCAUAAAUUAAAAUCUGCCGCUUAUUACAUGGAAAAAAUUGGUAUCAAAAUGUGUUUGGUCUUGCUUUGGUAUGCGUUAUUUUGAAUUAGUUAGAGUAAGAUAAAACACAUUUUAGAUCUUGAAUUAAAUCAAUCAUAUUUAUUCAAAAGGAACCUAUCUACUGUAUCUAAAAGACGAAAAUUAUUAAGAAUCGCGUCUUGUUGUACUAGGUUGAAUGGUGUCGCUCACAAAGGAUGAGAAUUAAUCGAUAAAGAGAGAAUAUUUUUCUACGUCGCUCGCUUGUGAUAUCCGGUCGUUCCGCGUUCGACUCUGCUUUAGUGAUGUGACGUGAGCCAAAUAGUUACUAGUAGCGCGGCAGUGGCGCAAGGCUGCAGCUUUUUAGUGUCCGCCCUUUGAUUAUUCGAUUCGAUUAGAUCGUAGGUGUAGUCGUAAAUCGAUUUGUACUAAUUACGAGCACCUAGUAUUAAAGUUCUUCUUAGAUUCGUGUAGUGGGAGAAGGACAGAGAUAGUGUUGAGGCGUGGAUGCGGUUUUAUGAGUUGGCGCUCGGGUUGAUUUGUUUGUUCGAUUUUUGGAAAGAAAUAUGCGAGUUCUACUGCCGUUAUAGUUAGGGUUGCCAACUUUUGCCCAAAAAUAUACUUUAGAGAAAU